UCAUGCUUAUUAUUGUAUGGAUAAAACAUUUGAAUAAACCAAAUACAGUAAUGCUGAAUAGUAAUUAUUUAAGUUAUAGAACUCGUAAUUACUCUUUUUUUUAGCUUAUUAUUAAUUAGUAUUAUUAUUUUUUGUAUCAUACAAAACAAUAUUUCAUGAUUAUAAAUAUAGUACAUUUAAAUUGUUAAUUUUAUCAUUCAUAAAUCAAUACAACAAUGGAAUUCCAAACAACAAGAAUAGAGAAUAAAGAUCUUUGCAAUGUUCUACUGAAAUGGUUGCAAACAUUACAUCUCAAAACUCCACAUCGAACUUUGUAUGAUAUUACUGAUGGUGUAGCACUUGCUGAAGCAUUGAAUCAAAUUUCUCCUGAAUGUUUUGACGACAAUUGGUUUUCAAAAAUAAAAAAAGAUGUUGGAAAUAAUUGGAGACUUAAGGUUAGUAAUCUAAAAAAGAUUGUUGAAAAAAUUCAAGAUUUCUAUCAAGAUUGCGACACACAACAUAUGGGCAAUUUUGUAAAACCAGAUGUUAUAAAAAUAGGAGACCAAGAUGAUACAAUGGAAUUAGCUCGUUUAUUGCAACUCAUAUUGGGAUGUGCUGUUAACUGUCGUAAUGCUCAAGAUUACAUAACAAAUAUCAGAUCAAUGGAUGAAAAUUCCCAGACUGUAAUAAUGCAGUCUAUACAAGAUCUGGAAAGGAUACAAGGAAAUCCGCAAAGCAUUAUAGCUUCUAGCCUCGGAGUAGAUACUGAUCACCAAGAACAAAUUCAACAACUUAUUGAUGAACUUCAAUCUGUUACCAAAGCUAGAGAUCAAAUGACUCAACGCUGUCUUGAGCUUGAUUCUCAAAUAAGUUUAUUGCAAGAAGAAAAAACAUACAUUUUAGAUGAAAAAAGACAUUUAGAAGAAAGACUUUUAGAAAGUGUUGAAGAUCCCUUAAAGGGCAGUAGCCAGAGAAGACAGAUUGAAGAACUAAAAGAAGAAUUGUACAAAGCUGAAACGUCUAGAGACGAUUAUCGAAUAAAACUCAAGACACAAGAAAGAGAUAUGGCUGAAUUAAAAACUAAAUUUGAUUUAUUACAAGAAACCGCUGGAGAAGCAAGACUUCUUAAAGACGAAUUAGAUAUUCUUCGAGAUACAGCUGAUAGAGUUGAAAAAUAUGAAUCAACCAUACAGUCUUAUAAAAAAAAACUUGAAGAAUUAGGUGAUCUAAAACGACAAGUGAAGAUAUUGGAAUCAAAAAAUAUAGCUUAUAUUCAACAAAAUAUGGAACUAGAGCAGGAAAUUAAGAAAUCCUCCGUGUGGAAAUCACAAUUAGAAAUAUAUAAAAAACAAGUUACUGAACUCCACCAUACAUUAAACGACGAGACAAACAAAAUUGAUAAAUUGGAAUUUGAAUCAAAAAAGUUAUUAGAAAACUUAAACACCUUGCAGAAAGAGAAAGAUAGGUUAGUUAUUGAGAGGGAUUCAUUAAAAGAAGCAAAUGAAGAAUUAAAAUGUUGUCAAACUCAAAUGAAAAAGACCAGUACACUUGAACACUCUCAAACAACCACUAGCGAUGACAUGGAAUCAGCAAUGGACCUCAAACAGAAAUUAGUGAGGCUUCAGCAUGAGAAUACAAUGCUCAAAAUGAAUCAAAAAGAACCAGAAGAAGAUAAAAUUUCGGUACUCCAAAGUAUUUUGGAUAAUACGAGACAACAGUAUAAUGAACUGCGUUUGGACAACAGGAAAGCUAAUCAAAAGAUAUUAGAAUUAGAAUCCGAAUUAAAAGAACAAACAGAAAAUACCGAUGAAUGGAAUUCCAAAAUUAAAGAACUACAAAGUCAACUACAGUGUGAAAAAGAUACACGAUCAUUGGAUAUUGAAGAAAAAAAUACAACAAUAUCGGAUAAAGAUCAAUUCAUAAAUAUUUUGCAAAAUUCUCUUCAUCAGAAAGAUAUGGAAAUACAAGAAUGGGAAGAGAAACACAAAAAAUUCAUAGAAAAAGCAAAAUCAGUUGUUAAGUCUAUGGACGCUAAAAAUGUAUCAUUAUCUGAUGUUGACAUGAGUGUAUUAGAAAAUAGACUAUUAAAAGCCAAUAAAGAAAUAAGUGAUUUAAAGAAAGAACAAGAAAACUACAAAACAUCACUUGAGAUUGAAGAAAAAUUAAUAUCCACUGCAUUUUACAAACUAGCACAAACUAAGAUGCAAGAAUCUGUUGAUCAGAGAGUAAUGAAUCAAGGUCUGCUACAAACUCAAACAUUUCUAUCAAAGCACAGACAACAAACAAAUAAAACAGUAGUACAAAAUCACAGAAAGUAUCGAGGUAAAUCUCCAUAAAAUAGUAAUAAAGAGUUCAUUUUACAAAUGUUCUAAGUAUUCAAGAAAAAAACAAUAAAACAACUAAUAUGGCAAAAGAACUGUAAGUAAGUAUUAUACACACCAGUUUAAAUACUAAACUAUCAUUUCCGUGUAAACUAUUUUUAUUCCGACUCCUGUAUUAAUUUUUUGUUUAUUUAUUACUAGUAAGUAGUAACAAUCAUUAGAUAAGCUAGUAAUUAAAAGGCCCAACAUCAAACAAAUCCUACCUUAAUCUUAAUCCUAAGCUUGUUUGGAUAACAUAAAAUAAUUUUUAUAACUCAUUAAUCGCCCCUAAGUUUAUUUUAUACGUAAUAACAUAAUUUGUGUGGUUAUUUUUAGAUUUACAAAAUCUAUUAUCCCUCCUAAGUAGGUCUUGAGUGCAAUAUUUUCAUUACCUAUUAUCCUGAUAAACUUAAAAAUUGUCAGGCCAUAGUAUUUUGUCCUUAAACCCUUUAAUCCUAACUCAACUACCAAGUAACUAAGAGAAUACAUAAAAAGUCCAGAUUUCAGAAUAUAUUGUAUAUCCCUGCUUGUAUAUCUAAAUAAUUUGCUUGAAAAUAGACAAAUGAAAAAAUAUAGAUUAAUGUAUGUUGGACAAAAAUAAUAAACUAGAUUUAUUCCUAAAUAAGUAUAAAAAUUCAAACCAUAGGCUAUGAGUUUAAGAAUUCAAAUUAUUGAUUUGUAUUUGAAACUUAUUUUUAUAUUAUAAUAGAUUUUUUUUCUUUUCCAAAAUUCCUGAUUAUUAUUUUUUUGUAUACAUUUCUUCUUGUUGAGUUACUUAUGUUUAUCAGACCUAUGUAAUGAGAUAAAGCUUAAAUGCACAAUGUAAACUUCAGUAAAAUUGUACCACUGUAUCAGCGUACCUAAUUGGAUAUUUUUCAAACAAAAAUAAAUUUGUAUAUCUUUACUUCUAAAAUAUUUGAAUUAAACACUAAAUGUCCGUACAUACUUCCCUGUUCCACUACCUUUCUUGCAUCUUCGUAAUAGACUCUAAUAAAGUUAUUUCAUUACAUAAUAGCAAACAGUAAUAUACAAUAUAAAUCAGUCUAUCAGGCUAUUCAGAUAUGCCACUUCAGUAAUUGUUUUUUGCCACCUAGGCCUAAAAUGUCUCAAGUUACUUUUAAUCAAUUUUAUGAAAAAAAAAAUGGAUAUUAUUAUAAGAUAUGUAGGUAUUAAAAUAUUAUAAUUGUAAGUUUAUUUAAACAGUUAAAGAGCUAUUUGGAAAAAUAGAUAUAACUUAAUACCAUUUUUUUUAUAUACAUUUAGUUAGUUGCUAAUAUUAUUAGAUAUUAUAAUUAAGUAUGUACCUAAUAUAAUAAUAUGCACUUAGUGCAUCGUUAAUUGUGCACAAUAACAAUUUAAUUUAAGAACUUCAAUUGGUAUUGUUUGGCACUCAUUAAUGUUCUAAAUAAAAUUAAUAUUUUUUAUAAAAUAAUUUAAGCUACAAAGUUAACAUAAUUAACUUGAUUAUUAAUAAAUCACAGUUGGUGAAAAUCAUAUCUCGUGUUUAAUUAAGGUUUUUAUGUUAUCGAUGUUUAUAUUAAUAAUUGUAUAAUAUUUUAUUAUUAUUGCUCAGAAAAGUAAUUUACCAACAGUAAAAUAGAAAUAUGGAAUAUGAUAUUAUCAUCGAUAAAAUUGAUAACCUUCAUAGAAAGGAUUUCUUUUGUUAUAUUAAUAACAGAUGAAGUAUAAACAGUACUUAUUACUUGGUUAAAAAUUAUUUUACAAAUUUAUUUAUUAUUGAGUUUAUUCAUUGCCCUCCAGUUAUUAAUUAUUAUAUUACAUUUAUAAUUAUGUACCUAUAUGUGUGACGUGUGUACACCACUACCGUUAUACUUGUAAGACAAUUAUGAAUAAGUGAAUAGCCGGAUACCUAGCUAAAAUGAAUUGUUAUACUAUUUAGUGUAUUAUUUACUGUGUGUUUAUGUCCUUAGUAAAAUAAUUAUUAUACCUACUUAUUACUUGUAGACAAUAUUAUUAUAUAAUAUUAUAUUAUAGAAUUAGUUUAUCUAAAUAUUGUUAAACAUAAUUAUUGUGAAGUUUUAUACUGACAAUUUGUCUGGCAUACCGCAAUAAUGUAUUGAACCAGGGUAAUUUUUUUUAAAUUAAACAUUUGAUCUUCACGAAAACAAUCACUUGUUUCGAUGUAAUUACUAAUUAGGUACCUACAUACAUUUUAUUUAUAUUAUUGUACAUGUCAAAAUUAAAAUUAAUUUUUUAGUGUAAUACAUUUUUAUAUUAUGCCAUUUAUGUUGAAAUCAUUGAAAUUGUUAAUUCAAAUAUAUUAUGUGUAUGCCAUUAUAAUUAUUGUUUAAAAUAUACAAUUUUAUGUAAUAGAA